AGCGAUUUGGAUGUGAGUUAGUCUAACUGUGAGGAUCGCCGAGUUAACAGUUCGCUAGCUAUCUUCCUCGCACACGCACACGAGGACAGUACGUGUUUCGCCCGUCCGCUUCACCCACACAUUGGCCAGGCUUCGCGAGCCGCCAGCGCCAGUACAACGUCACAUCGGCCCGAACACGUUUCGUUUUCUCGUCUAGUUCCGUUCCCGCCACAAUGCGCUGAUUAUCGGAAGUGUAUUUGACGUUUGACAUUUAUGAUCUGUGACUGUUCUGUGUUUUUUUUUAUCGAGUGUUGUGUUUUGAUGCACGGAUAAUUUCAUACAGGAAGCGAACGACAACAUCACGCCGACAUCAAAGUGGGACAUCAAACGACACGACACCCACACCAGCAAUCAAGCACUAAUACAAUCAUAAAAACAAACAUGUAUUAUUUCCGUACACAUUGAAAGACUAACACAUGAGUGACGACACUAAAGAACAAGAAAUGCAAACUGUAGUAUCUUCGUACACCCCCCACCAGGAAGACAACACGCUCAUAGACGUACAGAACUUCACCAACGACCACAACUUCUUCCAAUGUGCAGACGACAGGCUCAGUCCAAGCGAAAAAAUAAACGUAGAAGAUGACAAAGAAGAUUUAAUAAUAGACGAAUCUAGAGACGCUUCGGACGUUAAUGUAGAUAGCUUUGAAAGUAGAGAUGAGGAGAUCAAAACCUCAGAAGAGAAAAAAGACGAAGUGUCCGAACCAUCAUGGCAUCCGCACGUCUACGGGAAACCACCGAAGAAGCCGACCCCGCACACGAUAGAUUAUAUUUUAGGCCUUUCAAAUGUAGAUAAAAGUAGCGAAACUAAAAAGUCGACAGUGAGUCAGCUGAUGAAUGUGAAAAUAAAUUUUGAUGUAAAAAAACCUUUCGGGUACCAGGAGAAGAGUGUGCAAGUGUCGGAAGGUGAUAGGAACUUAAUAAGUGUUCAUAAGAAUAAACUGCAAGAACAGUUGCUGCAGAAAAGUGUGAGAACUAGUGACAGUGAGUUUGAUAAAGUGCUUUAUUAUAAAUGUGAGGAGCAGCCCCUGAACCUGUCCGUGCCAAAGUCUAAAGAUUCCCCGGGAUGGCUGGAAGACGAGCGGAUCAGUAAAGAUCCAUCUAAACUAAUCAAGAGGAAGAAAUCAACAGAAGAUGUCCGAUCACCGCUUGGUGGAGAAGGCUCUCUCACCAGUGAAGAAGGGGAGGAGCCAGGAGUUGGGAGACGGAAGAAAGCAAGGACUACCUUCACAGGAAGACAAAUCUUCGAGCUGGAGAAACUGUUCGAGGUGAAGAAGUACCUGUCUUCUGGAGAACGAGCUGAUAUGGCCAAGUUGCUGAAUGUUACCGAAACUCAGGUAAAAAUAUGGUUCCAAAACAGAAGAACGAAAUGGAAGAAGAAAGACAACGUAACGAACGCAGAAGUAGCAGAAAUGAAGCAACAGAACAAGCCAGAAGAGAAGAAAGAAACGCCACAAGAAGACCCGCUAGCUCUCGACAUGUCCAGGAAAACUUGCAACAAGUUACUCAGCGAGAAAUUAAGAAACACUAAAGUUAGUCAAGUUUUAACCAAACCGAGGAAAGUUGAGAAAGGUGUAAUUUUAGAAACGAUAUGUGAUUCGAAUGAUAUCGAGAGCCGUAUAUCGAUAACGAAAAUUACGAAUAAGUUGUCGAGUACGGACCUCUCGGGUGACGGUAAGGUCUCCGUCAAGAGCUUCAACCCUGAAGAAGUGAAAGAGAUGAAGUUUGAUAGUCUGAGUAAUGUUGAGAUGUAAACUUUAGGAAUUGUAGUUAAGUUUAACUUGAGGUCAGUGACUACUUUCUUGGACAUUAAACCAAAAUACCUUUCACGUGGAAAGCAAAAUUAUCAGGGUCAUCAAAAAGAUGUUAUUACAUAAUAUUAAUUAGGUGUUAGUGGAGACCGUUUAAAUUAAAUCAGUUUUAUCACUCGUUCCAGAAAUAUUGUAUCUAAUGACAAUGAUAAUGUGGCAAAGAAAUAUAUUUUAUUUCAUUAAAAUCAAAAGAUGUGGUGACUGAUCUGUAAGUCUGUGGGCUCCAUCUCAUUGUAUAGAAACUUGAGUAACAUAUUAGGAUAUUGUUUAAAAAGUUGAUAUUAAAAGCAACCAAAAGAAAAAUGAAUAUUUAAAACUGCUGCUACUACUUAAAUUAUAUUAUUCUGAAGAAUUUGGCGGUGCUCUAUCAUGCUCCCAGUUGUCUAAGCAAUAAUGUGCUGGAGCCCUAUUUUGUAAAUAUUUUUGAGUUUGUGUGGGUAAUUAAAGUUUUUGUACAAGCUUACUUUGUGUAUGUAGUCUAGAUACAAUAACAUUUUUGUUUCGGUUUGAUGUUCGCUAAUAACUUAGGAACUAUAAGGUAACGCCAUCUGUUGGCCAAAUCUCAAAACUGUGUGUAUACGAGUGUUGCCAGAUUACAAAAAUAGAGGCCAAGUCAAAGAGUUUUAACUUGUAAGUACAAAAUGCAUUGUGUUCUUCGUUAUUAAUUUGGCAACACUGUUUCAUAGUUGUAAAAUAAAGCUUUUAUCAUUUUUUAUACAGUGAUUGUAAUAAACGACAUUAAUAAUAUGUGUUUAUUAGUUUUGUGCAAUAAUCUUAUAGUUAUUAGCUAAAAUAAUUACUUAUUUUGAAACAUUAUUUUAAAUGUUGAGCUGGAGAAGUACACACGAUUUUCAUUGAAUGUAAUAUUAUAUUUAUUUAAUAAAUACCUUUAUCAUAUUACUAAUUUUUGUAUGUAUAACAUUUUUGUUAUUGUAGACCAUAGAUGUAAUAUUCAGCUGAUAAAAUAGUACAAACGAAAAUCAAUAAAUGUGCGAUAAAAUUAAAUACGCUUUUAAUGAAGUAAUAAACUAGAUUACUACUGCCUGUAAAACUAUUGUCCUUUUUAAAUAGUAAAUACUUUACAGUACACAAUUCCAUAGCAUCCUAUUUUGUCAGUUAGUAUUAAUUUUAAAGGUCCAUUUUUAAAUAAUAAUAAUAAAUGUGAAGUUGGAAAUCGGAAGACAAAGAAACAAAAAUUUCCGUUCAAAU